AUGAAGUUCUGCCCAGAACCUCUGGCAGGGCGCACUAGCACCCGCCGCCUGAAGGAGGAGGCCUGGGGCCUGACGGGAGCUGCCCGGGAGCCCCCGACACGCAAGCGGCCUGGAGGGGGGCGCGCCCGGGGUAGCCCGCGCCGGCCGCCCCGCCGCGCCCCUCUGCCCGCCGGCCGGACGGGGAGGGCGGCCCGCUCCGCCGAGGGGGCGCGGGGAGGGGGGCGCGCUCCGGCUUGGGCCCGGCCGCGCGCGCGCCGCCGCUCGGGCUCCUUUGUUCUGGGGCCUCCGCCGCUCAGCUCCGGCGGCUCCGCAGCCCCCGCCCCGCCCCGCCGCCUCCGCCCGGCUAGGCUACACUGUGACCCGCAGCACCCCCGCCCCGUCCCCCGCAACAAAGCACCGACUGCACCGACCUGCCCGCCGCCUCCGGGGCGGAGCGCACAAAGGGGCAAAGUUUCCCGGCCCGCACCGCCGCCACCACCGUCGCGGCCGCCGCCGCCGCCUGGGGCGCCCGCCUCCUGGAGCGCCUGGCCCGGCCGAGCUCGGCGCACGGAGCCCCCCGCCCGGGCCGAGGAGGGGACGGCGCAGGAGGAAGGAAGAGGCAGCGGCGGCCGCGGCGGCAGCAGCAGCAGCAAUGAAGGCGUCCGCGGGACUCCCCGCCCCCCGCGCGCCGCGGCACGUGCUCGCCCGGGGACUCCCCCGCCCGGGAGGGCGCGCACGUGCGGCCCCGCCGAGCCCCGCCGGCCCCGCCGCCGCCCCCUCCGCCGGGUUCGGGGCUACGCGAGGGGGGAGUUCCGCGGAGGGGGAGGGGACGGCGCGGGCGGCCCUCGAGCGGGUGGGGGCAGGGCCCGGCCCGAUCGCCGCGCCUUUGCACCUGCAGUACCUCCCCUCCUCCGCGGUCAGUCUCCCGGGACCCGGCCGCCCUCCUCGGGCUGGCCGCCCCCGCCCUCCACCGCUUCUGCAGCCCUGGCGGGCGCGGCGGGCAGCGCGGGGUGGGGCACACGGACCUCCCAGCCUAGGCCCUCGGCGGAGCGGGCCUCGGUGUCCCCACUUCCUGCCACUCCCUGCGGACCGAGCAGUGUGGGACGGCCCCGUUGCCCCCAGGAGCCCUGAGCUCCGGCCCCGACUGACUCUCCUCUCCUGGCCGCCGCUCGCCCAUUCCGAGGCAGGACAAUGAGGGACAUCGUGCGUCUGCGUACCGAGUCAGCCUGGCGGGCAAGGAGGGGAUACCCGCGAGCAGAGGCCGCGGGCCAGCCGGGAGGCACCCUUGCGGGGGGUCACGGCCGAGCGCCCUACCCAGGCGGACCCAGGGGCCCUGCCAUCGCGAGCCUCCCCCGCGCCGCGCUCGGCUCUUUCGCGUCGAAAACAAAGACUAAUCCGAUACCCCCGCCCUGCCUCCCAGAGGAGGGGGAACAGGCGCGUCGCGGAGGGUAACUGAGGAGGACGCGUACAGGAGGGGCUCGGACAUGCUACGAGUGGGCCGUGGCGCAACCGAGCCCUGUAACCCGGCACAGACACUUUGAAAAGUCACCCUGGGCUCUUUUCCAGGCAGGAGGCAAGGGGCAAGACCUAAGAAUAUUUCCAAGUUGCCAAACUGCCCGUUCUCUCUGCUGCUUUUUUCCCUCACCUGUUGUGCAGGCCAAGUUGAAAUUCCAGGUUAGAUUAAUUCAGCUCCACCCAUCUGGCCUGACUGCCAGGCUGGUCCCCGAAGCUGCCUUCCACCUACCUGGGUUGCUGGGGAGAAGGGUGGGUCUCUUACACACACACGCACACACACACACACAAACAUACACACGGGCAAGUCCUGGCAGAAGCAACCACAGGGCAGACUGGCCUGACCAGUUUGGGCGGUGUUCACGGAGCCAGGUACCUGGCAGGCUUCGCCACCCGGCUGAAGCUAACAACUCAGCCAGAACUGGAAAAAGAGCAUUCGGCCGGUUAUUUAGAAGGGGAGAAAAAAAAAAAAAAAGUAAUUGAUCUCAAGUAGAGUUGUCCAGAAAGCCCUAGGCGGGAGGAGAAGCCCCGGUUCUGUCUGGGACUUCCCUCCCUCCUCACAGGCCUGUUUUUGACAGCCUGGCUCCAGGGGCCAGGUUGUCAGCUGUGGGGAGGGUGGUGAACAUGGCUGCACUACCUACUUCCUACUCCGGCGUUUGAGAGUAGGAAAGAAUUUCGGUUGGGGAAGUAGGUCUAAAACUGAGAAGAGAUACCAAUAGAGUGUAAUUUUCAAUCCAACGUGAGAACAGUGUAGUUGUGACUGUGUUUAAUGUUUUAAAUGCUUUCGGCAAAAAUUAUGUAUAUUAAAGGAAGUGUAGGAAACAGAAUUAGAAGACAAAAAUAACCCAAGCACAGCCACAUUGAACCAUUAGCUCUGCUUCCUUCUAGUCUUUUCUAUUUGUAAUCAGUUCCUUUUUUGGGGUUUGAUAUGGCUGUACUCACAUUGAUUAUGCAGUUUGCUGUCCUCUUUUUACUUAACCUUAUACUGGAAACAUUUCCCUGUUUGAUAGACAAUCUCCAGAUAGCGUGACAAUAAAGAAGGUGGCCUAGGAGUCAGAAUGGUGGGUCGCAGACCUGGCUCUGCACUUGCUAGCAGAAUGACCUUGGACAUGGUACUCAUCAUCAUCCAAGAAACUCAAUACUUAACAUAGGGCUUAAUACACGGCAAUUAUUCUUUAAUCCGUAGAACAACCUUGUGAGAUAGGUGCUAUCAUUAAACCCACUUUACAGAUAAGGAAACAGAUUAGGUAAUUUGCUCAAGGUCACUUAAUAAACCGUAGACUCGGAAUUUGAUCUCAGCCUCUUUCCUGCUGUUUUGUCUUGGUCAAUGGCACCAGCAAUGUACUGGGCCGAUUUAUUCUUCAUCAGCUAUCUAUGAAAGGGUCAUUUCAUAAAAAUCCUUUAGGUACCAAAGUGGAUGCCGGUGCCAUUCACCAAGACAGAGCACAGGAGGAAAGAUGCCUGGAGACAUCUGCGUGGAACUGGGUGUGGCGCUGGAACACGUGGGUCCCAUCAGGGAGCAGCUCAUGAGGCCUCAGGUGUGCAGGAUCUCAUUAGGAGUGGACAUGGAGAGUGAGAGGAAAAGGCAACCAGGCCAGAGCCCGGGGUACACCAGCUCGUGAGGGCUAGUAGCUGACAAGGGACCAGCAAAGGAAACAGACGGAGCUGUCACAGCCGUAGGAGGGAAACCAGGCCUGUCUGCCUCUAGAAGCCGCUGUACUUCAGUGGCCUUGUCGCUCACUCUUUCCGACUGGGAAGCCCCUUCCCACUGCAACCCCUUCCCAGCUACUCCAUCCACCUGCCAAUUUCCCAUUCUUCCUGCAAGGCUCGGCUUAAAUGCCUGUUUUCCCAUGAAACCUCUUCCAGCCCGCCAGACAGUUCCAAAGCCCCACCCACCCUCCCUCCCCAGAAGUUUGACACAGCCUCCGAAGGAAAGUUUACCUUAUCAGUAUUGUCCUUGUUUGCACAUUCCCCUCCCAGUUCCUAUGAGCCCAUGGAGGGCUGGGACCCCGUCUUUUCACCUUUGUAACCCUAGACCCAGCACCCAAUCGAUAUGCGCGGAAUGAAGAAAAAGAGGUCAGCAGAAGCUGAUGAAUGAAAUAUCCCAGUAACAGCACCCACAGGCUUCCAAGAUUUAUCCCUGCUCGCUUGCCUACGUGCAGCAAACCCUUCCGGGGCCCCCAAGAUAAAAUCCGAACUCUUCAGACCCUGCCUUCCCGGGUCUGCAAGCGGCCAGGUUAUUCCUAUUGGAGCAGCGCUCAGGGCAACAGAGCAGCUGGGAUCCGCGUGGAGGUGCAGGGCGAGCCUCUCUAUCAGAAAGCAGCCUCAAACUAGAGGCAGUGGUUCACUAAGCGUGAUCCCGAGUCCACAGCGUCACCAACACCUGGGAACUUGUUAGAAACGCAAGCUCUCGGGCCCCACCUUAAACCUACUCAAGCAGAAACUCUGGGGGUGGCGCCCGGCGCUCUGUUUUAACAAGCCCUUCAGGUGCCGCACACUCAAGUUUGAGAGGCCGGCGAGAAGCAAAUUCAGCACCUAGGCGCCGGUGAAAAUCUCGCCCGAGGCGCUUAGAGGAGGUAGACCGAGGGAGGCUCCUUUUAUGAGCUGGCUUGGCGGGUCCCACCCCCCAGUGGCCGAGGGCUGUGCCUUUCGGGCAAUUGCUCGGAGGAGGUCAGGACCUGACUGCGCCGCUGCCCCAAGGGCUACAAAGGGAAAUCCCAUCGCAAGAGGGAAAAGCUGCAGGCACCACAGAAUUGGCAGUGGGCGGUACACUGGAUGGGGAUGGAGGUGGAGCCGCGGAAUAAGUAAGGCUUCUGUUGAUGAACUGAAGUUAAUUCCGCACCGGGCAAAGGGCACAAGAAGUAUAAUUGGAUGUGCGCGCCCGUGGUUCUUCGAGAAGUCACUGCGUGGAACCACCACUGCUGGGUGUUUGUCCAACCUGCAAAUGAUUCAAUGUGACUGACCUCCUCUGAAACGCUUGACCCCGCUCGUUCUCUUUCGCGAAUAAGCAAUUUGUCCUAUUUAAACAAUGAGCUUUGUGUUAUGGGACCUUUUGCAGAAAUGUAAAUAUACACCGAAAUCCACACCUGGGCUUGGUUUUAAAGCCUGAAGGCAUUGGAAAGUUCAUUUGAUUUUGGAUGUCUUCUUUGGUCAGGUACAGGUUAAAAAUAUUAUCAGCUUAUAUUUGCAUAGAGCUUUCCCUUUUCGAAGCACUUCCACACCCUUUCUCAUUCUGUCUGCAGAGAGUGGCUUGUACACCAAAUGUGCAAACAUUACUUUUCUUUCUCUGACAUAGUUACUAUUGUUAUUGUCACCAUUUUACAGAUAAAGGAACGGGGGACUCAGGUAAUUUUUCCAAGGUCCUUCACUACUAAGUGGCAGAAUCGGGCCUACAAUCUAGGACCUCUGAAAUUAGUCUACCCUUGCCAGGGCUGUCCUGGGGAAAGAAGCUGGCAUUUGGCUCUUGGGGAAAGGGAGAUUCGUUAAUGGAUUGCUUUUGGACAUACAUUGGUUAGUGUCACAUGUGUAAGGUAUCCAGACUAUGCUUUUGAAUAUCUCAGCAAAUGCUUUCAUGUUUUAUAGCUAUUUCUGUGACUUCAUUUUGCAUUUAGGUUCAAUCAAAUAGACCACAUAACUUACAAGGAGCACGCAAGGUUCCCCUUCAUUAUGGGAAAGAGAUUAAAUAACCUGGAAAUCUUCCAACCUAAGGGGACUGGGCAGGAGGAUGGGGACUUUGAUUGGCUCAGAGACUCAGGAUGCU